AACCACCGCCAUUUUGGGAGAAAAAGACAAAACAGAAGUUGUCAGUGUCAAAUAAGUGCUGUUUUCUCGCACAUUUGGGCCAUUUUGUGGCCUAAAGCGUAAUGCAUGCCUCUCUCAAAUGCUAAUAAGCCAGAUCUGCAAGAACAGCAGAAGUUUGAUGAGGAAUUGAACUACAGGAAAAGAAAAUCCAGGGAAAAUCUUUCUCCUCCAAAUCACAAAAGGGUUCGUCAAAACUCGGAUGAAGCACCGAUGACAGAAUCUCAAAAGCGAGCUAAUUUCUCAGCGUUAUCGAGUCCCAGCAAUGGGUUAAACAGACAUGCUUCGCCACUGGCAAAUAGCAAGCCAGGGGCAGCAAAGAAACUUGUGAUAAAGAAUUUCAAAGAAAAACCAAAGUUGCCAGAAAACUUUCAGCAGCAAACAUGGGAGAAAUUACGGGAUUCAGUGGAGGCCAUUCACACAAGUCACUCUAUCCAGUCAAGUCUGGAGGAAUUGUACCAAGCCGUGGAAAACAUGUGCUCCCACAAAAUGUCUGCCAACCUCUACGACCAGCUCAAACAAGUUUGUGAAAACCAUGUCAAAGCCAACAUAAAGCAGUUUCUCGAAGAGAAUAAAGGGUAUGAACAGUUCCUAAAAAUGAUGGACAGUUGCUGGAAGGAUCACUGCAGACAGAUGAUAAUGAUACGGAGCAUCUUCUUGUACCUAGACCGGACGUAUGUGCUACAGACCUCUUCAAUCAUGUCCAUCUGGGACAUGGGACUGGAUCUAUUCCGCUCUCAGAUUGUGGGCCACCAUAUUGUACAGACUCGGACUGUAGAUGGACUGCUCCAGCUGAUAAAGCGGGAACGGAAUGGCGAGGCUGUGGACAGACAGUUGAUGAAAAGUCUGUUAAGGAUGCUGUCUGACCUGCAGAUUUAUCAGGAAGCCUUUGAAAAGAAGUUUAUUGAGGCUACAGACAGACUAUAUGCUGCCGAAGGACAGCGACUGAUGCAAGAAAGAGAUGUUCCGGAAUACUUGGCUUAUGUUGACAAGCGACUAAGUGAGGAAUCUGAAAGAUUACUACACUAUCUGGAUCAAUCAACAAAAAAACCACUUGUCUGCUGUGUAGAGAAACAGCUACUGGAGCAACAUCUGGGACAGAUCCUUCAGAAAGGUCUAGACCAGCUGUUAUCAGAGAACAGAAUCAUGGAGCUAACACUUAUGUACCAGCUGUUUACCCGAGUGAGAGACGGACUCAAGGAUCUGUGUACAGCAUUCUCUGUGUUCAUCAAGUCGACUGGGCGUUUAAUUGUGAUAAACAGCGACAAUGAUCCAGAAAAAGACAAGGACAUGGUACAGUGUCUUCUAGAUUUCAAAGACAAAACUGACAACAUCAUCACUGUUUGCUUCAACAAAAAUGACAAGUUUGUCAAUGCAAUGAAAGAAAGUUUCGAAAAUUUUGUCAACGUUCGACAGAACAAACCAGCAGAACUUAUUGCCAAAUAUGUGGAUUCCAAGUUACGAGCUGGGAACAAGGAAGCCACGGAGGAGGAACUGGAGAGACUUCUCGACAAGAUCAUGGUCCUCUUUAGGUUUAUACAUGGUAAAGAUGUGUUCGAGGCUUUCUACAAGAAGGACCUGGCUAAGAGGCUUCUUGUGGGAAAGAGUGCCUCAGUCGAUGCAGAGAAAUCCAUGCUGUCGAAGCUCAAACAAGAAUGUGGUGCUGCCUUCACGAGUAAGUUAGAGGGAAUGUUCAAAGAUAUGGAGCUGUCAAAGGAUUUCAUGCUAACUUUCAAGCAGUAUAUGCAGCACAUUGACUCACCAGGAGGUAUAGAACUGACAGUGAACAUCCUCACAAUGGGCUACUGGCCCACCUAUACUCCCAUGGAAAUACACCUACCACUGGAGAUGAUAAAGUUUCAGGAGAUUUUUAAGAAGUUCUACCUGGGUAAACACAGUGGGAGGAAACUUCAGUGGCAGCCUACCCUAGGCCACUGUGUCCUGAAGGCUUCCUUUGAAGGGGGAAAGAAGGAACUACAGGUGUCCCUGUUCCAGACUCUUUGUCUCCUCCUCUUCAACGACGGUGUCAAGUACUCAUUAGAGGCCAUCAGACAGGCAACUGCUAUUGAGGACGGUGAACUGAGGAGGACUCUCCAGUCUCUGGCCUGUGGUAAAGCCCGAGUAUUACAGAAACACCCUAAGGUACGUCUCACACU